AUGACUAACACAAAUGGAACUCCAUUCCAAGUUCAUGUGCUCAUUAAAGAAAAUUAUAGCAGUUGGUGCAUCCAAAUGAAGGCUUUUCUUGGAGCUGAUAUUUGGAAAUUGGUGGAGAGCGGCGUUGAUGAAGAAGAUGAUGUCGCUGCCGCAAAGAAGAAAGACCAAAAGGUGCUCGCUCUGAUCCACCAAUGUUUGGAUGAAAAGAUAUUUGAGAAGGUUGCAAAUGCAACCACCUCCAAGAAAGCAUGGGAUAUUCUUCAAACUUCCAUUAAAGUUUUGGACAAGGUGAAAAAGGUUCGUCUCCAAACCUUAAGAGGAGAGUUUGAAUCGCUGCAAAUGAAGGAAUCCGAAUCAGUUUCGGAUUAUAUUUCAAGAGUCUUGGCGGUUGUCAAUCAAAUGAAGAGAUAUGGUGAAGAGUUGAAUGAUGAUAGGGUCGUUGUAAAAAUACUACGAUCCCUAGAUUUAAAAUUUAAUUAUAUUGUUGUUGCCAUUGAAGAGUCCAAGGACUUGGUCAGCAUGAACAUAGAAGAACUCAUGGGUUCUUUGCAAGCACGUGAAAAGAAUUGA